AUGGGGUGGAGAGCGGGAUUCAUUCUAGUCAUCAUUCACUUCUUGACCCUCACCGAUGGAUGGUUGGUGGAACCGCACUUGAGAAUGAAACGGCAAACGGUUGUCUCGUCAAACGCGGAAACGAGUGGACAAGCAGAUAAUGUUGAGACAGAUGCCAUGGCACAACAUUAUAAAACUGCUGAUGGAACUGUUGGAAUGAAUGUAUCCUCAUCUGGCAAUGCAACUGGCGCCAACACAGCCACAAUCAACAAUCAAGCGCAAGGACAAGUUGGAUCGACAAUGUUGAAUGCAACGGGAAAUGUUGGAGCAAGCGGCAACAACUCUCAAUCAUUUUCUGGAAUUGACGCAGCUGUCUACGGAAAUCAGAGCUAUCUCUCAAAUCAACAACAAGGAUCAGUUUCUGGCACAGGGGAUACACAAGUGUUAGCGAAUGGCGGUGGACAAGUCGUUGAUUCAAGCGGCAAUGUGUUAGGUGGACAACAGAUUGGAACUGCUGGAGCAACUGGGUCACUCAAUUCCUCAUCGGCUGUCACUGCUAUUCAAAAUAUCACUUGGGGUGAAUUCGUGAGUCAAAUGAUGGCUGAAGCAGCGGCUCAUGGUUUAGGAAAUGGACAAGCAAAUAUCGAUCUUGGAUCUGGAACACCGACUAAUGGCAUUGAAGUCAACGGUUUGCUCUCUGGAUGGAAUGACAAUAAUGGUGAUAUUAAUGCAAAUGUAAAUGGAGCAGCAAAUAUCACGAAUGGAGUUCACGAUCUCACGGGCAGUAUGCAAGGAAAUGCAACAGGAGAUGGACACAGUCACAUUGUUGGAGCAACAAAUCUACAGAGCAAUGUCUCGGGCACAAAUAACACUAUCAGCAUGUUUGGAGACUCUGACGUUCAGACUGAAGGAGAAUCGGCGAUCAAUCUAAACUCGGGUUCAAAUAUGACAAAUGGGAAUGGAGGCAAUGGAAACAUCAUUGUCAAUGCCACCGCAAAUGGACCUGAUAAGAAUAUGACCGCUCAAGAUGGAGUAAAAGUCAAUGAUCAAAAUGGAGGAACUUUGGCUAUCAACUAUGGAUCAAUUCAAGGAAACGGCACUGAGAACUCGGGUGGUUCAAUCGUUGUCAACACUCAAUACAAUCAGACUGGACAAGCUCAGCUUGAUUCCCGCGCUGACGGGAAUUCAAUUUCAAACGGGCAAAACUCGUCCCUUCAAAUCAACAACCAAGCCGAUUUAAACAACACGAAUGGAGUUGAUAAUCAUGGUAUGGCUUCUGCUGGUGGAGUGGCUGCUGGUCAAUCAAGUAAUAUGACUGGAACAGGUCAAUUGACAGUCAGUGGAUCGGGAACUGGUGGAAACUCGAAUAUGGAAGCGUUUGCCGGUGGAAAUGGAAGCAGUUCAGCUGAAACAAAUGCCGCACUUGGAUUGAAUGAUGCUGGUGGACCGAGAAAUUCCUCUGUGCAAGGCUCAGUCAAUGCGUCGGGAGAUCAGACUUCGGUUCAUUCAAUCUCAACUGUUACUGAUGACAAUGGUGUUCAAACAUUGAACAACUAUCAACACGCAUCAUCAAUCGCUCAUGGAUCAUCUUCAUCAAGUGCCUCAAACACAGCAAUUCUGAGAAGAAAACGAGAGAUUCGUCGUCGAAAAAUUCAUCGUCUUGGACCAUUAUUUGAUGCUUUAUUC